UUUAAAACAUCCAGAAAUGUUCAAAUUAUUACCUAGUGUGAAGUCACAGUCUUGCAAGGAUAGAAUGCAAAAGCUGAAGUUACCAUUCUAAGAAUAUAGAAGACAGAGAAGGAUAUGUGUAAAUAGCUUUUGAGAUAAAUAAUCUCUUAAAACCUAAUAAGGGUGACUUGUUGGAAAUGAGCAUCUUUGGGCAGUAGUGGAAGCCAGUGCUUUACAGGAAUUUAAGAGAAAGUCAAUGAUUCCCUGAAAAAAAAAAUGGGUAAAAGUGGAGAGGAUAUAUAUGUAAUAGCUAAAUAUGAUUACCAAGCACAGGCUAGCCAGGAACUAGACAUCCGAAAAAGUGAAAGGCUACUUUUAGUAGAUGAUAGCAAACACUGGUGGAAAGUGUCAAAUUGUAAAAAUCAGUCUGGAUUUGUCCCUUCAAAUUUUGUUAAGCGAGAAAAAACUUCCAUAUUUGAUAGCUUUCGCAAAAAAGUCAAAAGAAAAAGUGAAUCCAAAAUGUCUCCUACUGCUUCACCUUUAACUACUAAAGAUAUUGACAUUAGUGCCUCAUCUACUGACAGUUCCUCCUCUAAGAACAAAGUUAUGGUAACUACAACAGCUUUAACAAAAUACAGUUAUACAGCACUACAAUCAGAUGAAAUUUCUUUAGUGAAAGGCACACGAGUGAUUGUUAUGGAAAAGUCUAAUGAUGGCUGGUGGAAAGGUGAGUAUGAAGGUUGUGUUGGCUGGUUUCCUUCCAACUAUGUUCUGGAAGAACUUGAUGACUUAAAUGAUGUUAGCCACAACUAUACUCCUGCAGGAUCAGCUACAGGAACAUUAAAAGAUACAGAAUGUUUAGAUAUAGUUUUAGCUAUGUAUUCAUAUUCUGCACAGAAUGAAGAAGAAAUGUCGUUUCAUAAAGGUGAACAUCUUGAGAUAAUUGAUCGACCAGCUAAUGAUCCUGGUUGGUGGAGGGCUCGUAAUCAAGCUGGGGAAGUUGGGUUAGUACCGAAGAACUAUGUUAAAGUAAUCACAAUGAGACAAGGUAGUUGGGCUUUGGAUUCUACGGGCUCUUCCUCUUCUAUGGGCAGAGCAGUUGGUGGUCCUACACCAGUUUUCUCAGACUUGAGUCGUAUUCAAACAGAAAUAUCUAACAUGAGUGUGACAUCUUCAAGUGGAUCACCAAUAGCAAAGGCCAGAAACAGGGGUCCUUUACCAGUUCCUGUUUUAAGACAGGAUUUGCUAGCUAAGCAGUGGUAUUUUGGGAAUGUUACCAGAAGCCAGUGUGAUCAGAUGCUUAGUGAAUUUGGACAAGAUGGAGACUUUCUAAUUAGGGACAGUGAAACAAAUAUUGGAAACUUCUCAGUGUCAUUAAAAGCACCAAACAAGAACAAACACUUCAGGGUACACGUACAAGAAGGAAUUUAUUGUGUUGGCCAGCGAACUUUUAUAUCUCUUGAUGAUCUUGUUGAACACUACAAAAGGGCUCCAAUAUACACUAAUGUUCAUGGAAGCAAACUGUAUCUGGUCAAACCUUUAAAGAAACUCUGAGGAUUAAAUGUGAUUUGCAAUGUUUACUCUGUAUUUGCAUGUGGUGUUCUAACCACAUACCCACAGUGAUUUACCAUCACAAUCUGCUGCAGAAGAGAGGAACCUAAGUUGAAGUUAGAUCUUUUCCUCUCUUCUUCUGUUCAGCACCUAGUCUAUUACUUCUAAACAUAAGACAAAUUUUGCUUAGUUUAGGAAGAUGCCAGAGUGAUGUUUGCAGUUUCACACUUAUUUUAUAUAAUAUUCAGAGACAACAAGUUCAUUUUCAAUGUUACACAGUUUAUGGGCAACCAAGCACAAGAGCUGAUGGCACAUUAAUUUUCUUAAUGGUCUCUUAAAGCUAAUUAAAAUUGCACAUUAUUCUUUCUUUUAAAUAAUACAUCUCUAAUUCAUUGUACAGGUUUUAUUUGGAUUACCUCAGUGCAAACUUUUUGUUAAUAUUUAACAGAAAUUUAAAAUGUUGAAAACUAACCAAACUAAUUUUUUUACUCUAUUAAGCAUCA